AAGCAAGCAAGAUGGCCACUACAUUAUCAAGCGUCACGAUCCUGAGCCCGGUCAGCGCCGACGCGUACUUCCGCACGGACCUCGGCUUGUUGGUCGCGCAGCCGAGCGGCAUGUGCUGGAACCCUUUCUUACCGUUUAUUAUCAUCCCGGAAGGCUAUAACGCUUUGGUAACAAGGUGCGGCGCGGAGAUCCCGGACGGCGACGGCAAGAUCGUCCACAAGCCGGGGGUGCAAUGUGCGGAUCCGUUCACUACGGUCAGUCACCUGGUUACUCGUAAUCAUUGUGUGUGGAACGCGCCGAUCAAGGGCUGCAAGACGCUGGAUAACGUGCAAAUCACGAUUGAUAUCUCGGUCAUUUUUAGGAUCGUGAACGGGGAGCAGGGCAAUGGCGUUCGAUUCUUCGUCCAUGAAGUGACGCCGGGUGGUCUGGAGCAACAGUUGAAAGACUCCGUAGCGCAAGAAUUGAGAGCGUUAGCGCGUAGUAUGCGCCACACCGAGGUCUACGCUUGCAGGACGGGCGCUCCCGCGCAAGUCGCGAGGACUGUGGAUGACGACGACGAUGAGGAGGACGAAAAGGGCCCGGGCAUGACUUUUAAAGAAGCGGAGGCUAGUCGUGCGAGGGGCGAGGACCGCCACGCCCAGAAGGGUAUCGACGUCACGGAAGCGAUGAAGAUCAAGGUCAACCAAACUUUAGAUAGCUGCGUGGAGAUCGUCGAUAUUAGUAUCACGGAUGUGGGGCUACCGUCGUCGAUCGCGCAGCAGAUGACCGCGCGGACGAUGGUCCGAAGUAAGCAGGCCUACGAGGUCAUGGAGCAGAAGUUCGCCAUGUUGGAGAUCAAGUGCGAGAACGAGGUCGAGCAGUUGAAGCUGCAGAACGACGAGAAGGAGUCGAAGCAGAAGGCCGUCGGUGCGAAGGAAGUCCAGGACCUCAAGGAAGAUUUAGCGAUAAAAAGAGCCAAACAUCGGCGGCAGCUCGCCGAGUUCAACGAGCACACGACGUCCGAAUGUCACAAGAUCGAGGCUGAUACCAAAGAACAAGCUAAUAGUCUGGCUCUGGAGAAGGCGCGCGUGUUGGAUACGUUGCGGUUAUCGGCGCAAGAGGAAGCGGCUCUAGCUGAGGCGCAGGCCGAGGCCGAAGUGCAGCGGUUUCGGGCGAAGACCGAAGCGACCGUCGCUCAUAACAGGGCCGAAGCGGCGACGACCGUAGCUCAGGCCGAGAAAAAUGCGAAUGCCGCGCUCAAGAAGAAGCGCGAAUUAGAUAUAGAUGAGAAGAGGCUCGACGUCUACCAGGCGCUGGCGUCGAACAAACAGGUGGUCGUCACGGACGCGACCGACGCGGAGUCGGCUCGGUUACUCGUGUCCGAUGCCGUCUUGCAGCAGCACGGCGGCCAGCAGUCGUCGGAGGCGGCGCUCGUCGCGAAGAUGAACGUGCUGCGCGUGGCGUCGAACGCAUUAGGAAUGCGGUCGGAGUGGGACCAGUCGAAGUUGGACGGCGUGCGGCCGCAGACGAUGGGGCGAUAGAUUUCUUCCUUUUAAGUCCCUUUCUGUUC